CCGUUCAGCAAGAGUGUGUUUGAAAUGGCUGUCUGCGCCGUCCUACAGUUAGACACCUUCAGGUGAUCACGGCCCCUGUAAGUUCAUUCCAAACACCAGCUCCCUCAGGUGUCCCUGCACAAUGUCCUGGCCCCUGAAUGCUGAACAGAUCCUGAGGCUUCACAACCUCCGACAGUUCCAGGAUAACUGCACCAGGGGCAAAGACAACGAACUCCACUGUCAGAUCGCCAGCCAGGCCAGGGUGGAAGCUGCCGGUGUCACCCUGAAGCUACAGGGUGUCCCUGGCAUCGUCUUCUGUGAGAUCUACAACAACACAUCAAGUGUGGAGUGUCCCAGGCAGAGGACACAAGUAGACUGGUUGUCUAUCCCACCACAGAAAACAUCUCAGACGCCAGUGUCCACCGAGACAGAUGGAAGACGGGUGUGGGACACCACUACGAAUACGCAUGUGCGAAUAGUAAUUCCAGGAGACAACGUCGGAGAAUGUGUCGGAGAGUGCCAGUCUAGAUGGAGAUGCACAGGGUGCCAAUGCACAGGGAAAUCCCACUAUCAACAGUGUCGAUACCUCAAGCAACACAUCCAUCAGGCCUCCCCUCAGCCUCCAAUGCUCCAGAGGAAUCUGCUCCAACCCAUCCACUCACUCCAUGUGACUAAAGCCCCCGCCACCCGAUCCCGACAACAUCAUGGUGUAUCUCCUCGGCUCUCCCUCCAAUGUGACCCCAGCCUUCCUGUAGUGCAGUCAGCUGAACUGUACACAGUGAUCCAAGUGCAGUCUGACCAGUAUCUUGUCAAGUUCUAACAUAACAUCCCAGCUUUUACAUUCCAUACACAAAACAUGCUGCUCAAAAUAAGGCUGCUAUUGAAGCCUCAUUUUGUGUAAGUCACCUUUUGGCUAAACACAAGAAGCCUUUUACAGAUGGCGAUUUAUUCAAGGAAGCGAUGGCCAUUACCGCAGAGACUGUUUUCAAUAACUUUAAAAACAAAAACAACAUCACAACCGCAAUACAUAAUAUACCGCUCGUCCCUGCAACAGUGACAAGGAGGGUAGAGUCACCGUCAGAGUUCGUGGAUCGACUUGUCACUCUGUGAAUAUUUUUCGCUACAUUUCGAUGAAUCCCUGGAUAUAAUGCAAACAGCUCAGCUUGCUGUAUUUGUCAGAAUGGCUUUCCAGGAUUUUACAACAAAGCAGGACUUCCUCACUCUUUUGCAAUUAAAGGAGAGAAUCAGAGAUGAGGAUAUUUACAAUGAGUUUUAAAAAUAUGUCCGUGAUAAUGACAUCCCCAUUCAUAAACUGGUGGCAAUUACUACUGAUGGGGUCCCAGCAAUGCACGGUGUGCACGUUGGUUUUAUAGCACUGAAAGUCAGUGCCUACUUCGGGACAACUUAUCUAUGUGAAAUUGCAUUCUCACAGAUGAAAAUUAUUAAAUCUAAGUACGGGAGCUGUCUUACUGAGAUACACCUCACAGACUGUCUCAGGCUGGCUGUCUGUAGUUAUGAGCCAAAUUUCAGGGAACUAGCAGAAAGUAUUCAGCCCCAGUCAUCACACUGAGUGCAACAGUCAAUUUUUCUUCAUUUAUUUUUCAUGUUGAAAUAAAGUUAAAUAAUGAAACUUAAGAAUCAAAGGUGCGAAGUAUUGUAAUAUUCUUAAAGAAAGACAGCUAUGGCCUGUUUGAUAUGCUAGUUACAGUGUUUUCCUGUUUGAAUUAAUUUGAAAGUUUGACAAAAGUAUUUUGUGUAAUUCAAAUGUAAUUAGCCCAAAUAAAAGGCCUCAAAUUGGAAGUACUAUCUGAGCUGUUUUUCCUCACGAUUUAGUAGGUAGAUCUUGCCUUUCACUCAGGUCGAGGUAGAAGAUCUUGGACUUUUAAAAGGUUGGUGAUCACUAGUGUAGUGUCUUUCAAGGGCUCUGGAAUUGUAUCCCAUGGACUCUCUGUUCCACACCCCUGGUGCCCCAU